AUGAGUAUCGUUGCUGUUGGGUCAUAUAACAGUUUCUUGUCUGGUUGGGAAUUUCAGUCUAAUGAAAACUUAGAACUAAAGUCACAACAGUUAUUUGGAUUUAAAGUUGAUAAAAAUUGUAUUAAAACUGUUGCAGUGUCUCCCCAUUAUUUAGCACUUGGAGGAACUGACGAUUUAAUAAGGUUGUAUGACUUAACAAUUAAGAGAGAGGUAUGUACAUUAAUGGAUCAUAGUGGUACAGUUAAUAAAAUUGUUAUAUUAAAUGAAGAGAUGAUCUCUUGUUCAGAUGAUGGAAAUAUUAUUUUUUACAAACUAUCACCAAAGAAAGUAGAUUUAAUUAAUAAAAUUCAUGUUAGUAAAGAUGGGGUUGUUGAUAUUGCUUUAGAUUCAACUGGAAAAAUUUGUUUAUGUAUUGGAAAAAAAUAUAUGAAAGUUGUUGACCUUUAUCGUGGAAAAGUAGCAUUUGAAACAAAGUUAACAUUUGAUCCAGAAACAAUUAAUUGGGUUCAUAAUGAUGAAUUUUUCUGUAUUUCACAUAAAAAUUUAAUAACAGUUUAUAACAGAAAGUUUGAAGAAUUUAAAAUAUUAGAAUGUAAUCCAAAACAAGUUGUACGUGUUGCUUCAUCUUUCGACAAUUUACUUAUGAUAGGAACUGAUAAAGGUGAAAUUAUUACUUGGGAUUUUAUUACUUCAGAAGAAAUUAAAGAAACAAUUGAAAAAGAAAAAGAAAUUAUAAAUAAAUUUAAUGAAUUAAAAGAAGGUGAUGAUAAUGAAAAGAAAGAAGAACAAGAGGAAGGUAUUGAUUUGAAAGAACAAAAGAGCGAUUCAGACAUUUCUUUAAAUUCAGAUGAUGAAAAAGUUGCUACUGCAAAUAUUGAAGAAAUGGAAACAAUUGAACGAACUAAAGAAAAAAUGGAAAAUGAAAAUCAAGAAGAGAAAGAAAAGGUAGAUGAAAAAAUAAAAGAUGGUAUUGAAGAUAAUAGCAUUGAAGAUGAGUUAGAUAUUGAAGAAGAUGAAAAAGAACAAGAAUAUCCUAUGAAACAAAUUAUUCAAACAGGAGAAGGAAGAAUUAGAGGAGUUCAACAAAUUAUUGUUGGGGAAUGGGUUGGAUUUGCUGUUGGAUAUUCUGACGGAAAAUUAUUAAUUAUUGAUAGAGAAGGAAAUAUUUCGUUAGAAAUGAAUACAGGAAUGAGGAUAACAGCACUUGGAGCAACAUCAUUUUAA